GGCUUCCACGCCUAAUUUUCCACACUGGAAAACAUGUGCUAUUGAAGAAAACAGAGGAGUUCCAAAACCCAGAAAAAUUUCUGUUCAAAUUCCGAUGGAUUCACUCUUCUUUCACUCCCCAAAUUCAAUCUCAUCUCCGGAGUCCUCUUUUGGGUCUCUUGAAUCUUUACCUCAAAGCUUUUCAUUCAACAACAACUCUCUUCCUUUCAAUGAAAACGACUCUGAAGAAAUGCUUCUGUACGGAAUAAUAGCCGAGGCCACACAAGAAGCUACAUCUAUCAACAGAGUUAAGGAUGAAGAGGUGACUUGGGGAAGCGAAGAGAAUCGGAGUAAAGAAAAAUCGUAUAGAGGAGUUAGGAGGAGGCCAUGGGGGAAGUUCGCGGCAGAAAUAAGGGAUUCAACUAGACAUGGGAUAAGGGUUUGGUUAGGGACAUUUGAUAGUGCAGAAGCAGCGGCUUUGGCUUACGAUCAAGCUGCUUUUUCAAUGAGGGGUUCAUCGGCUAUACUCAAUUUCCCGGUGGAAAGGGUUAAGGAAUCUCUGAGAGAGAUGAAGUGUAGCAUGGAGGAAGGGUGUUCACCGGUGGUGGCACUUAAGAGAAAACACUCCAUGAGGAAGAAAAUGAUAAACAAGAAGAAGAAAGAGAGAGAAGUGAGGAUAGAAAAUGUGGUGGUGUUUGAAGAUUUAGGACCUGAUUAUUUGGAAGAACUGUUGAGUUCAUCUGAUCAAAACACUCCUAGGCCUUGGUGAAGAUUAAAAAACCAAAACAGAGACUCAUGUUUCAGAGGCCUGAAACAAUCUCGUUUUUUUAAUCUUUUCUUUCAUUAUGUGUUUCUUCUUUUGGGGUUUUUUCAGUUAUGUUUUAUAUAUAGCACUAGGAUAUGCAGAAACUAAGAAGGAUAGUAUCUUGAGAUUUUGUAAUUUUGAAUCCAAAAACCUUCGCUUUUUUGAAGGCCAUUCGCUAAUUCUGUAUCUAUAGUUACGUUAUUUGCUUCAAGCUGAAAAUAUUAAGUGUGGUGGCUCAAUUCCGUCUUCUUUUCUA